AUAAAAGUUUCAUACGAAGAUGGCUGAUUUAAGAGACAAGCAUGGCAACCCCAUUCAACUGACCGACGAGCACGGCAACCCGGUUCAAUUGACCGAUGAAUAUGGUCAUCCCAUGAACGUCACCGGUAUAGCCACCACCACCAAGCAUCCACCUGUGCACGGUGGUCAGAACCAGAUGGUGGAACCCCAGGCUCGUCCUGCUCCUGCCUCCGAGUCUCAGCUGCAGCAGCAACAGCAGUAUCGGCCGCCGCCUACACCGCCACGCUACGAGGUUUCAAACAAGGAAGACAUCCAGCCCUCCGCCAUCUCCGGCACCAGCUUGGAUGACGAAAAGAAGAAAUGGCAGGAGGACAAAAUAAAAGAGAAACUAACAGCAGGUGGAAAUCACGAGGAGGAGGAAUCUCAGACCACCGUCAAAACCUCCGUCACAACCACCGGAACCACCACACCACUUGCGCAGCCACAGCUUGAGCAGGAGGAGCUGUGUUUGAGGGAGAAGAUCAAGGCAAAAUUGCCCUGGUGAAUCAACGUGUCAUU